GGCUCAGCGACACUGACGGGUGGAAGGGAGGAGAGGAGGCUGAGGGCAGUGGAGCGGACCUGCCGGGAGGAACUUCACUACCGGACUGCCGCGAACGGGCCUGCACGGCACGCCGCGCGAUGAUGGAGAUACCCGACUCGACCGUCCGACGGCCGGCGGGGGCCACUGAGCCGGGCCGCAGCCGCUCCGAGGGAUCCUCCGACGCCGAGGACACGCAGACGCCGGCGCAUAACCAGGUAAGCACGGUCGUUCUCUACGGAGUGCCCAUCGUCUCACUGACAAUGGACGGCAAGGACCGUCUCUGCCUGGCGCAGAUCUCCAACACGCUGCUCAAGAGUUUCAGCUACAACGAGAUCCACAACCGGCGCGUGGCGCUGGGCAUCACGUGCAUCCAGUGCACGCCCGUACAACUGGAGAUUCUGCGCCGCGCCGGCGCCAUGCCCGUCUCCAGCCGGCGCUGCGGCAUGAUCACCAAGAGGGAGGCCGAGCGACUCUGCAAGAGCUUCCUGGGGGACAACUCGCCGCCCAAGCUGCCCGACAACUUCACGUUCGACGUGCUGCACCAGUGCGCCUGGGGCUGCCAGGGUCAGUUCUACCCGGCGCGCUACAACUCGUCGCGAGCCAAGUGCAUCAAGUGCACGCUGUGCGCCACCUUCUUCUCACCCAACAAGUUCAUCUUUCACUCGCACCGGACCGCCGAAGCGACGUACGUGCAGCCGGAUGCGGCCAACUUCAACUCGUGGCGUCGUCACAUUCGGCUGCACGGCAGUCCGCCGGAGGAGAUCGUGCACGCCUGGGAGGACGUCAAAGCCAUGUUCAACGGCGGCACCAGGAAGCGGGCCGGGCCGGCGGCGGCAGCGGCGGCGCCCGCGGCCAAGACGGCGCGCUCUGAGCCCAGCGGCACGUCGGCCGUCGACCUGGUGACCUCCUACCCCGAGCCGAGCCUGGUGCGGCCGACGCCGAGCCUGGUGGCCCCUCCAGCGGCCGCCUGCUUCCCGCGGCUGCCGGCGUUCGGCGCCUACAAGCGUCUGUCGGCGCUGGAGCCGCCGUCCUUCUCCGACUACCUGUGGCCGGCCGGCAAGUGGGCCGAACUGGCGCCGCUGGCCGCGCCCGGCCACCUCUGGCCCAAGCGGGCCGCGUUCGGGUUCCCGCUGGCGGCGCCGGCCAUGCUCGGCGGCCUGGUGGACUACUCCGGUCUGUACGCCGGCCUGCCGCUGUCCGCAGAGCCGCCGGCCAUCAAGCCGCCCAAGUCGCCGCCGGCCGCCGCCGCCGCCGCCGCCGCUGCCUCGGCGUUCCGGCCGCUGCGCCAGCCGUGGCUGACGGACGGAGAGGCAGAGGUCAGCAGAGGCCAGGCGCUGCUGGAGGCGGAGGUGCGGGCGCGCGCGUCCCUGGAGGCCCAGCUGCGGAGCCAGGAGGCGCAGGAGAGCGCCGAGGAUGGCGAGCGCCGGAAAUCCCUGGAGGACGACUGUCGCGCCGUCGCUGACACCACGCAGGAUCCCUCUUCUGGCCAGAUGAGCAGCCGCUCUGCCAUGCGGGACGGCACCGCUCGCUCGUCGCUGCUGCUGCUGAAAUCCGAGUGAAGUCCCCCGAGCUCCGCCGUCACUGCUGAUCGCUGGGUGAAUCUGCCUCCAACUGGCAGCUGAGGCAGAGAGUGAGCUUCUCUGUUAUCACUCAACUUACUAUCCCUGUUGCUGAUUAGUGGGGGAUUGCCGCAGCUGAGAAUCUUUGGUGAAAGACUCCCAAUGCCAUUCGACGAUUGGAACUAGGCAGCGUGAACGCGCCGCCAGGGCGACAGCAGUGCUGCUGGUGUCACCAUUGAACUCCAACAUCUGAAAGAACUCCAACAUCUGAAUUGGGCCGGCGGCUUAUGGGUAAUGCCGCCAUUUCUGAAACUGGGGCUUCGGUUCGGGCCGGUACCGCCUCAGACUCCAAUGGUGAUCACAUAGUGAAAUAGACACUGAAAGUGCGCACCGCAGUCAGCACGCAGUGUGCUGUUAUUGAAUGCUCCGAGCAUAAAACUCAUUCCUACGCGCUUUAACGGUUGGACUCGAGAGGAGGAAGUCAUUGAUCUCGAUAGCUUAUAGAGUAUAGACGUAGAAUGUGCGCGUCAUAUCGUAGUUGAGCACUACAUGUUAAGUAGCAAAUAAGAAAGGCGCGUAUAUGCAUGUGAGUGCAGUGCUGAUCAAUGCCAUGCGUUGCAAUUAGACACAGCAAUAUUGAGACAAGAAGUAGUGAAGGGUGUAUUAUUUAUUCAUGGAUGUUUUGACUAUGAGUGAGAUGUUUGACGAUAUCAAUGAUAACCAGGCGUGUCAUUUACCGUUUCUGUUCGUGUAAAAGCUUGAAGGUGAAUACAAUCAAUAAAUAAUUCCUAUUUUUAGGCUCAUUGUGCUACAGUUUUACAGUUCUGAUAGCUCUUUGUAUUGUUUCCGAUGCUUAUUCCUAAUCAACUGAUAACUUCUCUUGCUAAGGUGCAUGAAAAUAACCUACAAGUGUAAAACAUACCUAGCAUGAACCACAUCAGGGGCCCAGUAAUAACAGCAGGCCCUUUCAUUUCACAAACCACGUGCAAUGUGCACUGUUCGGUCUGUCACUAACUUCCGACUGUAAACUGGUGCACGCUACGUGAUGUUCCAUUGUGCUCACUUGACUCACCGGCAUAAUUACACUUAAGUGGCCCCACACGCCCGGUGCAGUGCUCAUCAUAUCACUCUUAUACACCUCAGCACCAGUUGCAUGACUGUGCGGCCCGCGAGCGGGGAAAUGAGUACCAGCCGGUUCUGCCGCCCGUCCCGGAAUCCUGUUCCCCUGCCGUGCCCUCUCCCCUGUGGGGUCGCUCUGCUAGGUCCCCUGGGAGACGAGCCAAGUAGCGUGCAAUCAGACGGCAGUCCGGUGCCUGAUGGUAAUCAUCACGGACCAACACAAUGCGUUAGCCCAAUGCAGCCAGAAUUAAAUGGAUAGAACGCAUUCCCGCUACUUGCUAUGUUAACUUUUGUUUUGUGGCGAUAGUUUUUACUGCUAUGUCCAAUGUUCAUAAUGUAGAUAUGGUGUGAAGUGCGGAUUGUUGAAUAUUACAUGGAGUUGAAAGCUUUGUUAGCAAUACACUGUGACAUCUGA